CAGAAUAUCAAAGGGAGCGUCGUCCAGGUUUCUGAGUUGGCGGAGAAGAUAGCUCAGACGGCUGAGCCCGCGGCGGAGUCCCUACUUCCGGGAAAGCUCCAGCCGCUUCAGAGGAUCUCCUAUUUGGAACAGGUGCUGCAGACGAAAGCGGACGCGUUUCAGUUUAAUCUUCUGCAACUAGAAGACUUUGAGAAUUGCUUGGAACGACUGGAAAAUCGUGUUAAGGAAACGGUAGAAGCCAUGGACAAUCCAGAUCGAGGAGAUGAAGGCUCGGAUCUGCUCAUGAGCCAGAUGUUGGGUCUCACUGCUUUGUCUCCCAAGAUGGAGAGCCUGAACGAAGUCAGCUUCAAGCUGCCGCUUAGUGACUUCACCGCCAAGCGAUUGCAGAACCUGAACUGGCUGUGGGCUCAGAAGACAGCGAUGGCCCUGGAGCAGUGCAGUGAGCCGCAGGACAUUCAGUCAGACGAAAAGUUUCUUACGAGAUGUCAGAAAUGGGUUCAGUUCUUCGAGAAGGUGAAGGAGAGACUGAAAGAGAAUGUGGCUGGGACUCUGCAAGAGCUAGAGGAGCAACAAAGGGAUUACGAGAUACUGCAAGCGGAGAUCUCUGUCCAUCAGCAGAUUUUCAAUUCUAUCGUUUCAAGAGCUCUGCACAUGCUGGAAUCGGGAGAAGCCGAAAACAGGACUGAAUUCAUCUCCAAGCUCACCCUGCUGAAGGAACAGUGGCAGAGUGCCGUUCUGAUGGCUCAGCGGAGGAAGAGCGAGAUCGACAGCCUCGCCAAGCGGUGGCACAAAUUCAAGACCCUGGUGCAAGACCUCAUGAGGUUCCUCAAGGAGACAAAGAGCUUCAUCGCCGCUGUGAAGAGCCAGGACAAGUACAGCCUGCACCAAGUCUGGAAUCUGAGUCAGGAUUUCAAGAAUAAAGAAGUCCUCCUUCGGAGGUGGCAAACCAGGUAUUCUUUAGCCCUGGAUACUGAGGAAGAGCUGCUUGGCAUGGCAAACCCCGAAGCAAAAGCGGGCAUACAGAAGGAGAGGAGUCAGUUGCAAGAGAGUUGGAGCAACACUCAGCUUCAAGUCGAGGAGAUCACAAAACAGUUCCGAGGCACCAUCAAGACAUGGGAGAACUCUGAAAGAGAGAUUGAGGACCUGCACCAGCAACUGCAGGAAAUCAAGGCGAGAAUGAAAGAUCCUCUCCCAGCAGAGCACGAUGAGCUGCAGACAGCAAAAGAGCAGAUGAAGGAGCUGGAGAAGUCACUGGCCAGCUGGAACCGUAGCCUGCAAGACCUUGGCACCAUGAAGGCCGAUCUGGCUCACUGUCUCCUCGCCGAAGACGUGAUGGUCCUCCGGGAGCAAGUCCAGCAUUUGCACCGGCAGUGGGAAGAGCUCUGCCUCCGCGUUUCUCUGCGCAAGCAAGAGAUCGAGGACCGGCUCAACGCCUGGAUUGUGUUCAACGAAAAGAAUAAGGAGCUCUGCGCUUGGCUGGUGCAAAUGGAGAGCAAAGUGCUGCAGUCGGCAGACAUCAGCAUCGAGGACAUGAUCGACAAAUUGCAGAAGGACUGCAUGGAGGAAAUCAACCAAUUCAGUGAAAACAAGCUGGUCUCCCUGAAGCAAGUGGGUGACCAGCUGAUCAAGGCCAGCAACAAGAGCCGGGUGGCUGAGAUCGAUGAGAAACUCAACAAAAUCAACGAUCACUGGCAGCACCUCUUCGAUGUCAUCGGAGGACGGGUGAAGAAACUGAAGGAGACAUUUGCUUUCAUACAGCAGCUGGACAAAAACAUGAGCAACCUGCGCACCUGGCUGGCUCGCAUCGAGUCCGAGCUCUCUAAGCCCGUUGUCUACGACAUCUGCAACGAUCAGGAGAUACAGAAGAGACUUGCAGAACAGCAGGAUCUCCAGCGUGACAUAGAGCAGCACAGCGCUGGUGUCGAAUCAGUGUUCAACAUCUGCGAGGUUUUGCUGCAUGAUUCUGAUGCCUGUGCCAAUGAGACUGAAUGUGACUCCAUCCAGCAGACCACCAGGAGUUUGGAUCGCCGCUGGAGGAACAUCUGCGCUAUGUCUAUGGAGAGGCGAAUGAAGAUCGAGGAGACCUGGAGAUUGUGGCAGAAGUUUUUAGACGACUACUCUCGCUUUGAAGACUGGCUGAAGACGGCGGAGCGGACAGCAGCCUGUCCAAACUCUUCAGAAGUUACCUACACAAAUGCCAAAGAGGAGCUGAAGAAGUUUGAGGCAUUUCAGCGUCAGAUCCACGAGCGACUGACACAGCUGGAGCUGAUCAACAAGCAAUACCGGCGGCUGGCCCGGGAGAACCGCACUGAUUCCGCUAGCAAGCUCAAGCAGAUGGUCCACGAGGGGAACCAGCGGUGGGACAACCUCCAGAAACGCGUGACGGCAAUUCUGAAGAGACUCAAGCACUUUACCAGUCAAUGGGAUGAUUUUGUGGGGGCGAAGGACAGCAUCCUGGUGUGGCUGACGGAAAUGGACUUGCAGCUGACCAACGUGGAGCACUUCUCGGAGGGCAACUUUGAUGACAAGAUGCGGCAGCUAAAUGGUUUCCAGCAGGAAAUAACACUGAACAUCAACAAGAUCGAUCAGCUCAUUGUGUUUGGAGAGCAUCUGAUUCAGAAGAGCGAGCCGUCAGACGCUGUUGUGAUCGAAGAAGAACUGGUGGAGCUCCACAAGUACUGCCAAGAAGUCUUUGGCCGCGUCUCCCGAUUCCACCAAAAGCUGACCUCCUGGCACCCGGGACUGGAAGAUGAAAAAGAGACCUCCGAAAACGAAGCCGACGCAGAAGACUCCAGAGGCGCGCAGACUGAUCCGUGGUGCAAGAAAGCCACACAGGAGGUGCCGCCCUCCCCGCAGUCUCUGUGCCACCUCGUGCCCCCCGCAGUGGGCCACGAACGGUCAGGCUGCAAGAUGCCUGUCAGUGUGGACUCCAUCCCACUUGAGUGGGACCACACCGGAGAUGUGGGGGGCUCUUCGUCUCACGAGGAUGAGGAGGAGGAGCCGUACUACAGCGCUCUCUCAGAUAUAGAAAUCACUGAAAAUCCCGAGGCCUAUCUUAAAAUGACCACAAAAGCUGUGAGAGCAGUUUCGGGGAAAUCCGCGUCCGACUCUCACACGUGGCACUCGCCGGAUGGCUCCAUUUGCCAGCAGCAUCCGUACGAUCAGGGGGACAUGGUUAGAAAUGUCUUGCCGAACAGCCCGGAGACAAGCACACCCUUCAAGCCGAGCUAUGUAAAACAACUCAGCAGCAGCAGCGUAGACAGCAUGAAGGAGAUCUCUGGGAUCUCGCCCAGUGAAGAGCCCCCCAACAGCCAAGGCCUCAUUGGAGUUGCAGCUGUGGAGAAGCAAUCAGGAGUCAUCGAGAGGUGGGAGCUCCUUCAAGCCCAGGACCUAAGCAAUAAGCUGCGCAUGAAACAGAAUUUGCAGCAGUGGCAGCAGCUCAACUCCGACCUGGCCAAUAUCAACGCUUGGCUGGAUCAAACGGAAGAGGAGCUGGAAGAGCUGCAGAAGGCGGAUCCGGUCACCAGCAUGCAGACCGUCGAGCAAAGGGUCAAGAAGUUGAAAGAGAUGCUCAAGGCCUUUGACAACUAUAGAGCCCUCAUGCUGUCUGUCAACCUGACCAGCAGAGACUUCAAGCAAGCAGACAGCACCGAGUCCAAAGAACUUCAGAACCGACUCCGGCGGGUCAACUUGCGCUGGGAAAAGGCCAAUCAUUUACUGGGGACUUGGAGGAAGGGCAUGCAAGACUCCCUGAUGCGUUCCCAGGACUUCCACGAGGUGAACCAGAAACUGUUGCUGUGGCUGGCCAGUGCCGAGACCCGGCGGCAUCAAGCACGGGUUAAGGAUCCGAAUGCCGAUCCCCACGUAAUACAGGAGAGUCGGAAAGAAUUGAUGCAACUCGAAAAAGAACUCCUGGAACGGCAGCUUCAAGUCCACGCCCUGCAGGAGAUUUCCACGUACUUGCUCGCCAGAUCCGACGGAGAGAAAUACAUUGAAGCGGAUGAGAAAGUCCACAUCAUUGGGAAGAAGCUGAAGCAGCUUCUGGAAGGGGUUUCCCGUGACUUGAAGGUGGCGCGGGGCAGCCAGGAGCUAAGUCCAUUUCUACCAGGUUUGGACGAACUGGACUCUGGAGGCCAUCUGCCGCAACCAGAGAUCGCUCGCAUCUCUAAAAAGGUCGAUGGAACGAAGAAACUCGGGAGCAGAAGGACUAAAAGAGUGAAGGAGACGGGCACGGUCAGCCCCCCAGCUCCAGAGAGCCCCUCCUUCUUCUCCCGCAUGUUGCGAGCUGCACUACCCCUUCAGCUCCUGCUCCUCCUCCUCUUGCUUUUGGCCUUCAUGAUCCCAUCUUCGGAGGAAGACUAUAGCUGCACUCAUGCAAACAAUUUCGCCCGCUCGUUGUAUCCCAUGCUGCACUAUAUCAAUGGACCCCCGCCGACCUAAAACAAUCCGCGUUCUGCACUCCACACCAAAACGAACGCUUCUUUCGUGGGUGCCUCUUUCUAUGCUGCUAACAUCCGUCCAACGUCUUCAUCCAGCCGAAGUUUCUCCCUGGUUUCGUGGGGAAUUCGCACCAGGGCUUACCCGACACUGAGGUGGAACGGUACUAACGUUUGAGAUCACCCUUGUGGCUGCCGGCCGACGAAACACUAAGCAAUAGCUUGCUAUCCCUGCAGCGCACUAGAGAACACGUCGAAGUUCCCAUCUCCGAAACAUUGCUCCUUCAGUAAUUUCAACAUUUGGGAGCGGGAGGGGAGCAGAUAUCAAUUCCUCACUUUUUUGGUGUACAGAAGGUUCAUUUUUUUAUAUAUUUUAACAGUAAGCAAUGUCCUUGUCACUUUGCACAGUGCGUAAGCGACCAGUAGACGGUCUUUGUGCUGAAAGGUACACAGAAUUUGCAAGACGGUGUCAUGUUAGCUACAGAAAUUAUUUUACUGCGAAAGACAAAGGCCCCUGAGGGCAGUUUGUUGGGAAUUUUUCCUGCACUAGCCCUGCUGGAACGAAUUAGCCGUGGUCUUGGCGCUGAAGGAUUUCCUGCUGGGUUCCGCUCAUUUUUAACGUGACAGAGAAAGCUUUGUCUUUUAAAUUGGUGCCCAGCACACACAAAAGUCACAAACUUUAUUUCCACCAUUUUAAUAUAGUCGUAAAAGAAAGGUUUAAUUUAAAAAAAAAAAAAGAUAUUUGUUAUACUUUAGUAUUUUAUCUGCCCUAUCUUUCUGGCUCAGUAAGUUGUAUAUGUUUCCAGAGGGGGGGAAAUUUUAGUACGUAGAGCUGCCUUGUCUGAUGGUCUUAUUUUUUUGAG